AUGGUCACGCCUGACGCUCUCUUUACCCUGUUUGGCGUUUACGGGGAUGUACAGCGUGUGAAGAUCCUCUACAACAAGAAGGACUCGGCACUCAUUCAGCUGGCCGAACCGCACCAAGCACACUUAGCUAUGACCCACAUGGACAAGCUUAGGGUGUUUGGAAAGCAGAUCAGAGUAAUGCUCAGCAAGCAUCAGGCUGUUCAGCUGCCAAAGGAGGGUCAACCGGAUGCGGGGCUUACCAAGGACUAUACCAACAGUCCACUUCAUCGGUUCAAGAAACCCGGUUCGAAGAAUUAUCAAAAUAUUUAUCCCCCGAGCUCCACUUUGCAUUUAUCGAACAUUCCAGGCUCGGUGUCCGAAGAGGAGAUCAAGGAUGCCUUCACGAAAAAUGGCUUCACAGUGAAGGCCUUCAAGUUCUUCCCAAAGGAUAGAAAGAUGGCGCUCAUCCAAAUGCCCAGCAUGGACGACGCUGUGGCAGCUCUGAUCAAAAUGCACAACUACCAGCUGAGCGAGUCCAACCACCUGAGGGUGUCGUUUUCGAAGAGUAACAUCUAACAAGAGAGGCCGCCCAGCGAGCCGCAGUGGUUCCAGCCCUACGCCCUAGUCCACUACUGGUAUCCCAGUGCUAUAUACGACUGAUCAGCGAGUCGCGACGCACCCGUCGCGACGUUCGCAUCGUUCGCAAGGUGUGUCGCCGCGGUGCACGGAGAAAAGACGUGAAUGCGAUGUGUGAAAGACUGCCGUUAACGUCCAGCUUCCAAGGAUAAUAGCGGCGUGCAGUGUCCAUCGUAUCUCGUGCCUGGAAUCCGUUCUGACGGCAGCUGGGGAUCGAAUAGGGUUGCGAGCCACGUAAAAAUGGCGGCCUCGAGAGGCGCGGAGACACUGCCCGUUCUCUCUGGCUGAGUUAACGUAUCCGAGGGAGUUAGGUUAGGAUAGGACACUCUUCUUCUGGAGUACGCAUAGGUCUCCCUCGUCAUCACCCGAACGGAGACUCCGCAGCCAACUUCACAGCCGGAGGAUAGUCCAUUGGCUAUCGAUGACACUUCCUGUAAGGUUAAAUCGUCAAAAUUUUUCAUACGAGAACUGGCAAGGUCUCCCACCUUGAGAGAGCAAGAGAGAUUGAGAGACGGAGUGUAAGAGAGUGAGAGAGAGCGUAAGGAACGAGGGAGCAGUACGAAGAUACAGGAAGCGGAAGUGGAUGAAGGGAUGAAGAUAGGGAUUGAGUAAAUUCCCAUAGGUAAAAAAAAGGCUUUUGGCUGAGAGUCCUCAUUCUUGUACAGAGUUAAACGUAUGAAUCGUAAGAUAUAUAUAUUUUACAAGCAUGACGCUAGCCGGGGACGCGGACAAGUACGCCACCGCGUUCUUGACGACCCUCCCCCUCCCCCCUACAUUGAUAAGAGUUAAGGAUUUUUUUAGCUUAGGAUGAUACAGGCAACUUUGUUCGUAGGUUCAUUCAUAUUAUAGACAUACAUACACGCAUUAAUUACAUAACACUGAUACUACAGACACGUAUUAACGAAUACGCAGCUAGAUUAAUUGAUUAACCGCGUCGCACGUGUGCGCGUCAGGAUCUACGCGCUUAUGACUUUGCGGAGCUGAUCGGAGCAGCAGAUUUGCUGUGACGAAGAACUGGAUUUAUAUGAAACUAUAGUCUACUCGUGAUAAGGUACAAUAGUACCAGUUAGUAGACCCUAUCUUUCUUCUUUUUUACAUCCAUAUCGCGCGAGACGGUGCUAACGUGCGUACUUGUUUCUAGAAGUUUUUAUAAUCAGAAAAUUGAAUCGUCCACCGCGAAGUUCAUCGUUUCACGCUAUAAUGCGAACGAAGAAAGGAACUUGAAGAAUAUUCAAAAUUUCGCUGAAUUCACGCCGUAAGAACUUUAUUUCUAUUGGUGCCGAUGAUCCGAUGGUGCAUGGUGAAAUCACGAGAGAUUGAGGAAGAAGGCAAUUGGCAAAAGAAAGAAAAAAUGGAAACGAAACAAAGUAAUAGGGAAAUAAGCAAUCCAUCGCGCACGUCGUCGUUACCGACGGUUAUUUUUCGAAUUUUUAUUAUUCCCAUUGAGAGUUCAAUUGUAAGUAUUAUAUUACACAGGCGCACAAUCCACGCCCACGCGACGUUUAAUUAUAAAAAGCAAAAUACACACACUAUACACAGGAGAUUUAGCUUAGGUGCUUAGGACUUGCGUAGGCUUUUAUUGUAUCGUAAUGAAGAAAAAAAAAAACAAGUAAGCGACGGGGAGGCGUAUAAGUGAACAUUGAACAUAUCGCUAUUUCAAAGUUUCUAUGUACAACACGCAUAGAGAAGCGUCAUGAUGGGUCUGAACCGUUAGGUCCGGCAUGUAUGGCUGUAAUUUAAUUUAAUUAAACCCCUUUGUGUCUUCACUUUGUUAAGCCACCACUUGAAUAUCUCUUUCUUUGUCUCCGCCGUUCUAUCCCGUAACUAAUACUUGCCAGCGUGCUUCUCCGUGGCAGAAAUUAUCAGCCACCACGUGCCAAACCUACCGUGUCGCCAUCUGCACGAGCCUCGAUAAAGCGGACAACAUGGUAGCUAAGAGUCUGUUGUGUUUAAGAGGUUACUGAUCGUUCAAGAUAUAAUAGGUGUGUGACGAUGAUACGUUUAAUCAGUACCAAUCAGCGACGCAUUAACAAUGUCUGAUCGGUGUUAAGAAGAGAGCCGUGAAAUGAUCGGAUCAUGGAGUAUUGUCGGUGGAUGAUUGUAAAAAAUGGUUCUGAUACGUCAGGUUAAAGGAAACGAAAGAAUUGAUGUCUCCCGAGAUUAGAGCAAUGACACACGACGACCAUGUAUUUCCCACGACGCAAGAAUCACGUCAUAAGAUGACGCCUGUUGCUUUCUCAAACGCAAAUCAUGAAAUGCAGUUGAUACGCGCAUGCGUAUAUUUUAUUAGCACACGCGCACUCUCUCUUACACUAUUGCUCAUGCAUUCAUAAAUUACAUGUACCUAAGGGACACGCAGUCACCAUGCGAUUUGAUCGUGAUACUGGCAAUUUUUUUUUGUUCCGUGAAAAGUCAAAGUAUUACGGAUCGUGCAUGAAGUACCAAUAAGAACUAUUACUCUAGAGAUAUUAUAAUGGUGAUUAGUGAGUAUCGUUGAUGGUUUAACCGAUCGUGAAUCGAUCCUCCAAGACCGAUCGAUCGAUCGUUCCUUUGAAUAUUUCAUUGAUUAUACUACUGUCUCCAUUUAGGAACAGUGCGGAGGCUAAUAAGACUUCUGGAUUACUGUAAUCGAUCGUAUAUCAACUCACGAUCGAUCGAUCGAUCUUGUACGAGCGAUUGCAGCUCGCCGUACCACGGUAUUGAACAUUAUUCGUCUGACCGACACGACGUUCUGUUGGAGUCAAUUAAAUCUUAAAACAAUAUAUUAAUUAGCGAGUGCGCAAGAGUACUAGGGACAAUGGGAGAGAGUGUCAGUGAGAAUGGGCGAGUGCAUCGGAGAGAAUGCGAGCGAGAGAAUGUGAGAUAGAAAGAGAAAGUAAGCCUACGAGAGAGGAAGUACGCGACGAGCAAGAAAGAAAGGGAGGAAGGGUGGUAAAGGAUAGAACAAAAAAAAUAGAAAAAGAGUGUAAAGGGAGUUAUUGAAAAAAAAAAAAAAAAAAAAAAAAA